UUAAAAGACGUGCGUGUCCCUCUACAAAAAACUUGUGUGUCCUUACCGUUCCGCAGGAAGACGGAGUACCAGAGAACUACAACUCCCAUCAGGCACUUGGGGAUCGCCGCGGCCUGAAGGGGCGACCAUGGCUUAGGAACUACCGUUCGCGUGAGGCUCUGCUCCUCGCGCCUGCGCAGAGCGCUGGGCCACGUCUCUUUUUGCGGUGGCAGAGACCACGCGUCUCACCCAUGGCUUCCGCGGACUUGCGCCGGGUGGCGGAUGGCGGCGGUGCUGGGGGAACCUUCCAGCCCUACCUAGACUCCUUGCGGCAGGAGCUGCAGCGGACGGACCCAAUGGUGUUUUCAGUGGUGGUGGCGCUUCUGGCCGUGCUGGUGACGCUAGUGUUCUGGAAGUUAAUCCGGAGCAGAAGGAGCAGUCAGAGAGCUGUUCUUCUUCUUGGCCUUUGUGACUCCGGGAAAACGUUGCUCUUUGUCAGGUUGUUAACAGGCCUUUAUAGAGACACUCAGACGUCCAUUACUGACAGCUCUGCUGUGUACAGAGUCAACAAUAACAGGGGCAAUAGCCUGACCUUGAUUGACCUCCCUGGCCAUGAGAGUUUGAGGCUUCAGUUCUUAGAGCGGUUUAAGUCUUCAGCCAGGGCUAUUGUGUUUGUUGUGGAUAGUGCAGCAUUCCAGCGAGAGGUGAAGGAUGUGGCUGAGUUUCUGUAUCAAGUCCUCAUUGACAGUGUGGGUCUGAAGAACAUACCAUCAUUCUUAAUAGCCUGCAAUAAGCAAGAUAUUGCAAUGGCAAAAUCAGCAAAGUUAAUUCAACAGCAGCUGGAGAAAGAACUCAACACCUUGCGAGUUACCCGUUCUGCUGCCCCCAGCACACUGGACAGUUCCAGCCCUGCCCCUGCUCAGCUGGGGAAGAAAGGGAAAGAGUUUGAAUUCUCACAGUUGCCCCUCAGAGUGGAGUUCCUGGAGUGCAGUGCCAAGGGUGGAAGAGGGGACGCGGGCCCUGCCGACAUCCAGGACUUGGAGAAAUGGCUGGCUAAAAUUGCCUGAGGGGCAGCUCCAAACCACGAAACCUGAAUGUGUGUGACACACCGUUUCGGAAAAAGGGCUGUGGUAGUGCGGAGUUGAUGAGGAAGGGGUACGAAAUGUCGUUAGAAAAUUUCUCUGUUCUGGAAACAAAGUACUGUUGAAACCAGCUUGGAAUUUUUUUUUACUUUCAGUUUUCCCUUAUGGCUGCCUUUCAAACAGGUACCUUUUAUUUGAUGCCUGUAUCUUCCCUUUGUUAAGGUGCAACUUGAAGUAGGGUCAAGGUUUUUGUGGCACAACAAGCAGACUCCACACAGCGAGGCGUCUGUGGUGAGAAUGUGGUCAUCACCUGAAAAUGUUCUUACCUUCUGCUUCUGUGCUUCCGUCCCUUUUUCCUGGAAACAAACCUGCCUAUGUAUGAAGCCAGUUGAUUUCCAGUUGCACUAUUUCCAGUUGCUUCUGAAGUUCUGAGGCAAUACAUUGUCUAGUCCUUUGCGAAUUUCUCUGAUUUGUGGGCACGGUUACCAAGUUUCCCCACAUGUGAAGCCAGGUACAAAAUAGCUGAGCUAAGCAGACAGUGGAUCUGUUCUUCAUCAGCUCAGUAACUUGUCCACACUUCAGUCUUAGCACUUAUGUUUCAAAAGCUGGUCACAAGCCCUUGGAGUCAUUCCCAGAUAACAGAACUGGAAAUGAUAAAUCCCCUAAUGCCAAGGGUCUAGUGUGUUCUUAGUGGUUAUACUGGGAAGUGUAUGGACAUUUAGUGCUGCUCUGCUCUGGACGGCUGAAGGCUCCUGGGCCAUCUUCAUGUGCUGCUUGAAGAGCUCCUGUUUUAUACUCUUGGCUAGAAUGUUGUGGAACAAAUACAAAGUGAAAAAAGUUCUCUAGAUUUCUGAAGUGCAUAUUCAUUGAUGCUAAAAAAAAGUUGCCUUUUUGAAGUGA